AUGCCUGUACUUCAUGGAGAGGACAGUCAAACCCAUAACAUCCAUCUUCUUCGCCAUCUGACUCAUUUUGUACGUCUGUUUGGUCCCCUUUGGGUUUAUUCCUGCUUUGGCUUUGAAGCUCUUAAUGGGUUUUUAACCACAAUGAUUCAUGGCACUCAGCAUAUUUCGCACCAGAUUGCCUCAGCUGUCUCAAUAUUUCGGAAUUUUCCUAACCUCGUUGCUAAGAUGAAACCAUCAGUUAACUCGCAGCUGGUAAUAUCACUGGCCAAGCAUCUUUCUGGAGAAAAAUCCUUACCCAAGUCUUCAGGUGUUGGUGAUGCAUUUGUCCUGGGUGUUUCCAAGAAAGAAAUGUUAGUCAGGCAAGAGUUGAUGGCAGUUAACAGGUUUCUGUGCUGCAGAGGAUUGCCAAUUAUUGGUCCAACCGAUAAAGUGGAGGUGUUCAGGAGAGGAGUUGCAAAUGGUUCAAUCUUCAGCUCCGCAAAAAUGGCAAAGUCUAAACUAAAGGACUCUUAUACCAUUCAGUAUGAGGAUGCCAGUGGAAAAACUCAGUUUGGGGAAAUUCAGAGGUUUUUAGUUAUUCAAAACCACCAUGUUGCAGUAGUAACAAAGCUAGCCCCAAGUGGAUCCCUGACCUCAGACACCAAAUCUUCCUCAGAAUCAUUAAAUAGAUUUUCUGAAUCAGGUGUUUUACUCAGUCAUAUGGCAGUGACCAGAAGGUCAAAGUAUUUAUUUUGUAUGCCACUUUGUAACGUUAAAAGGAAAUGCAUAGUGGUCAGAAGCUCUCAUGAAAAUAAUGAGCUAACAAUUAGCACAUUCCCAAAUAUGGUGGAGCAUGACUGA